AUGUCUCUUCUUCAACGAGUUACUUCGAUCGACGGAGAAGACCGCCGCCCGCCAGAGGUCGAUGCGAAACAGCUAGGAUACGGAACCGCAAAGUCCCUCCGCAGGGUUAUCAGUUACGAUGCGAUUCCCAAGCCUGCGGAGGACUCUCAAGCGACGGCGCCAACGGGUGGUGUGACUCCAUACAAAGUUCCGACUGCUCAACGACUUGCGCAGAUAGUGGUUACCGUUAUAUCAUGUUGGUUCGCGUCGGGCAUUGUUUUCGGGUUUGCAGCGUUGAAGCCAGUGCUUGUUGACAACGGCGUUUAUCGGGACCUAUGUACUGCCGAUGAGCUCAAUGCUGGUGUCGAGAUAUGCUACGAGCAAGAUCUCAGGCUGAACUUGAUUUUCGCGAUUGCCUCCACGACCAGCAAUGUAUCUGCAUUACCAGUAGGAACAUUGCUCGACAGAUAUGGUCCACGUUUCGCAGCCAUCAUUGGCGCAGUGUGUCUUGCCAUUGGUGCAGUCUUGAUGGCUAGCGCUUUCGCCAUUCCAGAGUUCGAUGGAUACAUUGCAGGAAACAUUUUCUUGUCUCUUGGUGGUUCCUUCCUUUUUGUCCAGUCGUUCCAGGUUGCAAAUGCGUUUCCUCGUUAUGCGGGUACCAUUGUCGCUCUCGUGACAGGCGCAUUUGAUGCUUCGGCUGCUGUGUUCCUCUUCUUCAGAUUGGCUUAUGAGUCGACUGGCGGUGCUUUUGGCCCCGAGAAAUUCUUCUACGGCUACCUGAUUGUUCCCGCAGUGAUCACCAUUGCUCAAGUGACAAUCAUGAACAAAGACGGAUACAAGACCGUCCCGCAGCUUGAGCAGAAGCUCGAGAAGAUGGAAGAUGCGACAAGAGAUGUACACGAUUCGGAUGACGACUUGAGCGAUGGCGAGGUCCGUCGACAACGCGAACGCAGGCGAGAGCACCGAGAGAGCAACCUUGCAAAGCUCGACGAACUGCUUGGAGAUGCUGAAGAGCGAGAAGCGCGCGAGAAAAGAACUCGAGAGCACCACGCGGCAAGUCAUGUUUGGGGCGCUCUUCACGGCAAGUCUCCAAAAGAGCAGAUGCUUUCACCGUGGUUCAUCCUGAUCACGCUCCUCACGGUCCUGCAAAUGCUGCGUAUGAACUUCUUCAUCGCGACAAUAAGAAGCCAGUAUGAGUAUAUGCUUGGGUCCAUCGAUGCCGGCCGUGCUGUCAAUGCUUUCUUUGACGUGGCACUUCCAAUCGGAGGUGUUGCUGCAACGCCCUUCAUCGGACUUUUGCUGGAUAAUGUGAGUACGGCAAUGAUGUUGACCGUACUGGUCGUGCUCAUCACGGCGGUCGGUGUCCUCGGUUCACUGCCAUUCUUCUGGGCGGCGUACGCAAACGUGGUGCUGUUCGUGCUGCUGCGCCCAUUGUACUACUCGGCCAUGUCUGACUAUGCCGCCAAAGUCUUCGGCUUCGCCAAUUUUGGACGUGUGUACGGCACUAUUGUUUGCUUCUCAGGCUUGAUCAACCUGAGCCAGCCACUCAUCGAUGCGGCAAACCACGAAGUCUUCCAUGACAACCCAAUCCCAAUCAACGUGGUUCUGACCUCGCUGGGCUUGGCGAUUGGUGUGGCAUUGACGGCAUUCGUGUGGAUUCAGGACCAUAAGAUCCACAAGCAGGAGGAGAAGACGGGUGUCCCGAGUGAGAGGACGCGUCUGUUACCAGAGAUUGACGAGGAAGAGUGA